UAUUUCAUUUUUCGUCUCAUGCUGCUCUAUUUUUGCACCGACACGUUUUCUAGCUGCUUUACUUGGUUCACGAGGCGUCUUUAUACACAAGAGAAGAGCAUUGAGCUCCUCAGGUGUUUACUGUCCGUCGCACGAAUCAUCUGUCAUCAUGGAGGAAGACGAACAAAAGACGGCUGUGAUGCGUAAAGCAUUUCAAAUGUUUGACACAACGAAGAGUGGCUUCAUUGACACCCUGAAGAUAUCAACAAUUCUCAAUACAAUGGGUCAAUUGUUUGACGAUGCCGAAUUAAAUUCAAUGAUCGAGGAAAAUGAUCCGGAUCGUACGGGAAAAGUGAAUUUCGAUGGAUUCUGCAGGAUCGCUGGUCGAUUCCUUGAGGAAGAGGACGCUGAGGCAAUGCAGGAGGAACUCAAAGAAGCCUUCCGUCUUUAUGACAGAGAGGGUAAUGGUUACAUUACAACUGCCACUCUUAAGGAAAUUUUAGCCGCUCUCGAUGAUAAACUUACAAGUUCGGAUCUCGAUGGAAUUAUCGCUGAAAUUGAUACCGACGGUUCUGGAACUGUUGAUUUUGAUGAAUUCAUGGAGAUGAUGACUGGAGAAUGAGACUAUGUUUAUUACAUCCCCAUCGAUAGAAAAUUGUCAAAAAAUUUUGCAAAAAUCAAAAGACUUGCAUUAUUUUUAACACACCUCAAGCAUAUGAAGAUCUAGAUUUGUUAAUAAAUUAUUUGUUUCAUAAAAAA